CUGUGUUUUAUUCCAAAACAUGCUCUUCUAGAUCUCCACCAACACCAUGAGUAUUGAAUUGAAGAGGUGUGAAGCAAAUGAUAAGCUCCUGGAAAAUGUGUGGGCUAGUUUCUUCGCUGGUAAUGCCCCAGAGAGCUGCAGUUCUAAUGAUGAACCCAACAAGAAGCCUGAAGACUCCCGAGACUGGAACGAAAUGCCUCGUCUGGAAGGAGGGGAAGGAAAUCUGGCAGUCCUACAGAGGCUUCCCAGCCUUGGCAGAUGGAUAUCUAUGGGAGCUGAAAUCUGGGAUGAACUGCUCAAUGGAAUUAUAGCUUCAGAUAGCUGUGAAACUGCUACUCUUGAUUCAGGAUACCAAGCCUGCUCAUCUUCAACAUCAAAGACAUUAGCUGCAGAAAGUGUUACUCCCAGGCAUUUUAGAGGGGUGAGAAGGCGACCAUGGGGAAAGUUUGCAGCAGAGAUAAGGGACACCUCACGGAAAGGGAUGAGGGUUUGGCUCGGAACUUUCAAUACUGCAGAAGAAGCUGCCCUUGCAUAUGACAGAGCUGCUCUGCGAAUGAGAGGACCGCAAGCUCACCUCAAUUUCCCCAUGGAGGCAGUUGCCAAGGCUUCAGAAGAUGCUCACCUUGAACAGGACUUGGCAUGCAUCAUGAGUGGCCCUGCUUGCCCAGUGUACGGCUGCACUGAGACAAAUUAUAGCCCAAGAAAGAGAACAAGGGAAUGGGGCAUUUAUGACGAGGUUCCAGCUGAACCACCAGCAUGGAAGAGAAAUAGCAGCAACAAAGGGAUGGUCAGCAAUCAGGUGGAUGUUGUGGAGUUACAAGACCUUGGCAACGAAUAUUUAGAAACUUUAUUGUCUUCUUUGUGAUACAUAGCAAGAGUCACAAAUAUUGUAGGUAGGAUAAUGAAUGAGAAUUCAUAAACAGCUGUGUCAUGUACAUGAACUUGUGAAGCAAGGCUCAACCUUUGUCUGGACUGUCCAAAAGUGAGCAUAGGUUUUCAAGAUAUUUUACUUUAAAGGAUGUAUAUAAAAAUCUGCAGGAUUUGAAGGGAACGAGCAUGUGUUAUUGCUCUUUUUGUGCUUAAGCAUAUAGCAGUUAAUAUCCUUAUGAUAUGCAUAGAGAAUUGUAGUUCUCAGAACUCCACCAAACAUAGAGAACCAGUAUCUUUGAUAACCUGCCACUCUAUAGUUAAAAAAAAAAAAAAA